ACCAUUGAUGUCGACACUAGUGAAGUUAAAUUCCCUCUCCAUUUUCUCCAAAAACCUCAAUUAAAAAAAAAAAGGUUAGAGAUGGAAGAUCCAGAGCGCGCCACCGGCUCCCGGCAGCAGCACAACGGCGAGGGUGAGCAGCCGGUGCGGUCGCGGUGGGCGCCGAAGCCGGAGCAAAUCCUAAUCCUGGAAACCAUCUUCAACAGCGGCAUGGUGAAUCCCCCCAAAGACGAGACCAUCCGAAUCCGGAAGCUUCUAGAGAAGUUCGGAUCCGUCGCCGACGCCAACGUCUUCUACUGGUUCCAGAACCGCCGCUCCCGCUCCCGCCGCCGCCAGCGCCAGGUCCAGGCCGCCGAACAACCACCCCCGCCUCCGCCCCAAAUUCACUACGAUCACACCUUUGCACCUGCUGCCUUAACACCUAAUUCCAUCUCCUACAGUAUGUUCAAUUCCGCCUCGUCUUCGUCUUUCACAAUCGACGCUGAUAAUUCGGGCUGCGGUUUCGGGUUGUCGGGCUACCCGGGCCUCCCGCAGGAGUUUGAGCAAAACCCCAUUUUCUGCCCAGCUGAAGCUCCCAAUCCCCAAAUCCAAUCUCAAAUGAUGACGGUGUUGAUCAAUGGCGUGGCGACGGAGGUGGGGAGAGGGCCGGUGGAUAUAAAAUCGAUGUUUGGGGCGGAUGUGGUGAUGUUUGAUUCGUCGGGAUUAGCAGUGGAGAUGAACGAGUACGGAUACGUGGUGCAGGGUUUGGAGCACGGUCAAAGCUACUUUCUGGUUCCAAGGAUUCCUUGAGUUUGAAUUGGGAGAUUCCAUAUCAUAUAUUAUAAAGCGACAUUAGAAUUAUACCUUCAUAUUGUAAUUUUCUAUUUUUCAUUACUAUAUUGUUCUCCUUCCUUUAAUUAAAAAAAUAAAUAU